AUGGAUUGUAUCAACAGUAUAGUGAACGCGUCGAAGAAUGCGGUGAUCUACGGCUACAGAGUGCGGUUUAUUCACACGAUCGCGGUACAGGCGAGCUCGCUCGACCGAAAUCAGCAGCUGACAGACCAACUAGUGCGCAAAAUCCUAAAAUCUGUCAGACUCGGGCUCGACCACGGCAAAGUGCUCGCUCUUUUCGCCAUCAUAUACAAAUCGAUCCAGCUGAGUUUAUCCAAGACCAGCACAAAGGACCCAGACGCGCUCGCAACGCAUUUCCUCGGAGGACUUGUUGGCGGCGUGCUGGUGUACGGAGGUGUUUUGAAUAGCAAGUUUAAAGGAUUAGUGAAUGAAGGGGUAGCGACACAGAUCACGUUGUACUGCAUGUCGCGGGUCAUAUUGGCUAUUGGGAAAUGGUUUGGACGGAUUCUGGAGAAACGCGGUGGUCUGCGUCGGUCGCAGGUUCAAAAGUUUGGCUGGCGAGCCACAACAGGAGCAGUGUGGGGGCUGUUGGUUGUUUUUUACGCGGCAGACAAAAAUUUGUACUUGCAACCGGCUCUGCGAAGAAGUCUGGACUUCCAGUUUGGUGACGCGAUCUACAGUUGGCUCGAGGCGUUCAACUAUUCGCGAUAA